ACACGUCACGUGUGCGACCCGUUGCCCUAGCGACCUGUGCCUGGAUCUUAGGCUGCGCCGCAACCGACCAGCCUUCCUUCUAGAGAUCUGUUGGAUCCAGACGCUGGGAUAUGGCUGUGUCCUUCCGCGGCCUGUCCUUAUCGGUUCACCCCGAGGGCUUGAGCGAGGUGGACAAGAACUCAGGGGAGCCUGAGAACACCUAUAUUCUGAGGCCCAUUUUCCAGCAAAGGUUUAGACCCUCUGUGGUUAAAGACUGCAUCCAUGCUGUGCUCAAGGAAGAAUUGGCAAGUGCUGAAUAUUCUCCAGAUGAAAUGCCUCAACUCACAAAACGGCUGUCAGAAAUGAUUAAAGAUAAGCUAAAAGAAUUGGGAUAUGACCGGUAUAAGAUGGUGGUGCAAGUGGUGAUUGGAGAACAGAGGGGUGAAGGAGUAUUCAUGGCGGCUCGCUGUUUCUGGGAUGCAGACACGGACAACUAUACUCACGAUGUUUUCAUGAAUGACAGCUUAUUCUGUGUUGUCGCAGCGUUUGGUUGUUUCUACUACUGAGUCUUUGGAAAAGUGUGACUUCAAGGAACCUUAACUUUUUUAUAUUGUUAAAUUUCCUGACCAAAUAAAAACAAGUUGGCACUUUGGUACCUAAAAUCUGUUAAGUUGUAUAUGUUUAAAUGGCUUGGUUUUAUUAUGUUAUCUCUGCCCUUUCUACAUUUGGAAAUUAUAGAGAAAAAGGAGGGGAAAAUUCAUUUUAAUAUUUCAGAUGACUAGAUAGUUGGGUAUAUUUUCUAUUCAUUGUUCCUUAUAAGAUGUAAAAAAAAAAAUCAUUUAUAAAAUAAAUUGUGUGUUUUCACCCCUUA